ACUCAAAUCACCAUAUGGAAUUGGAUCCAGAAUUUGUUGAGGAAUUCGCUAAUCUAAAGGUCUCCACGCGGAAGAUUUCCCCCGAGGAGCUGGCCAGUUUUAAUGAGAAGGCACCGCUGCGAGAGCGUUCUCAGACGAAACAUCCUUCGUAUGCUCACAUACCACAAUUCUUUUAUGUGCCUCCCCCGCCAGCGGACAGACUGCGGCACUUGCUGCGAAAGGAGGCACAUUCGGUGUUCCUUCAGCAGCAGGCAGAGGAGCAGCUGGACAGCGAGGAGCUCAAUCAGCUGUGGGACAGGUUGAAGGAACAUGUCACCGAGACGACAGCCAAGAAGCAGCAGCUCAUCAGCUACGACGACUAUUGUAAGCUGCAGUCGAUUGUCGGCGACAAGUGCCGCAAAUAUCUCACGGCUCGACUUUUUGCCUAUUUGCUUUGCGAUUCUGCGUAUCUUGGUUUUGUGGAGGUUGCCACCAUUUAUAAUUAUACGAUCCGGAAAGUGUGGCUAACACAGUGUCGCAUUGGUCUCUCUUUCUACGAUGAGGUUGGCCAGGGUUAUUUAAGGGAGUUUGAUUUGGAAAACUAUUUGGUUGACCUCCUGCCCACAUUGAGCCAGAUCCGUGAUUGUAUGCAGCCCUCGUUUCAGAAGUUCUAUGUUUGCACGGCAGUUAAAAGGUUUUUCUUUUUCCUUGAUCGCUUGCGCACGGGGCGUAUACGUAUUCGAGAUAUUCUAGCCUCUGGUAUGAUCAACGAGUUGAUGGAACUGCGUCAUGAGCCAAAGAAAACAGAUACGGAAACGGAAACGGAGGAGUCAUCACCUCCCAAUUGCUUCUCAAUGCCCGCUGUGCUUGCCAUCUAUGAGAACUACCUGAGUCUCGACCAGGAUCACAAUGGCCUAUUGAGUAAACAGGAAUUGGUCUACUACGGCUCUGGCACGCUCAGUUCUGUAUUUUUGGAUCGGGUAUUCGAAGAGUGUCAUACCUACGAUGGCGAAAUGGACUAUAAAUCGUUUCUAGACUUUGUGCUUGCCCUGGACAAUCGACAGACACCUCAAGGACUUCACUACUUGUUUCGCAUGCUGGACGUGCAUCACACAGGGUAUCUGACGGAGCAGACACUGCACUAUUUCUUCAAGGGUAUACAGGAGCAAAUGGUGGCAUUCAGCGAAGAAGCUGUUAAUUUCGAGGAUAUCAGCAAUGAGAUAUUCGACAUGGUCAAGCCAAAGGAUCCAAGGAAAAUAACUUUGCAGGAUCUGAACAAUUGCGGCCAGGGGGAGACUGUGGUGUCCAUAUUAAUUGAAUUUCAUAAAUUCUGGGCUUACGAGAACCACAACAACAAUCCGCAAAAUAUUUAAUGGGUGCAUGCCACACAGCAACAACAGCAGCAUCAGCAGUGGCAGUGGCAGCAACCAGAGUAAAUGCCGCGACACCAUUAAGCGCAAUUUAAUUAAAAUCCCA